AUGGCGAAUACCGGAAGAAUUCCCGCCACUCAUGGCGAAGGAAAAAUUAAAGCAGUUGAAAUGAGUAUUAUAAUCCCUAUUAUUUUUAAAAUUACGGUGGAGCAGCAGUCUCCAGCCGUUCUACCACCAACACAACAAGCUGAAACACCACAGCAACAAGCUGUACCACCACAACAACAAUUAGCAGCACCACCGCAGCAACAAGCAGUACCACCACAACAACAAUUAGCAGCACCACAACAACAAGCAGCACCACCGCAGCAACAAGCAGUACCAGCACAACAACAAGCAGCAGCACCAAAACAACAAACAGCUCAACCAAAACAACAACAAACAGCUCAACCAAAACAACAACAAACAGCAGCACCAAAACAACAACAACAAGCACCACCAACACAACAAUAUGUUGCACCACAACAACAAAUAUUUCCACCACAACAACAGCAUGCAUCACCACCACUUCCUCAGACCAUGAGAAAGAGGCAAAAAAUUAAAGCAGUUGAAAUGAGUAUUAUAAUCCCUAUUAUUUUUAAAAUUACGGUGGAGCAGCAGUCUCCAGCCGUUCUACCACCAACACAACAAGCUGAAACACCACAGCAACAAGCUGUACCACCACAACAACAAUUAGCAGCACCACCGCAGCAACAAGCAGUACCACCACAACAACAAUUAGCAGCACCACAACAACAAGCAGCACCACCGCAGCAACAAGCAGUACCAGCACAACAACAAGCAGCAGCACCAAAACAACAAACAGCUCAACCAAAACAACAACAAACAGCUCAACCAAAACAACAACAAACAGCAGCACCAAAACAACAACAACAAGCACCACCAACACAACAAUAUGUUGCACCACAACAACAAAUAUUUCCACCACAACAACAGCAUGCAUCACCACCACUUCCUCAGACCAUGAGAAAGAGGCAGUAUUCUGCGCCUCCUCCACCUCUUCCUAGAGGAUUAAAUUGA